AAUAGACCGAGAUGUCAAUCCGUUAUUCAAUAAUAAUAGUCUUCCUGAUUUGAAACGUCAUACAAAGGGUAUUUAAGCAACGUUUGGGAUGUUCAAUGUUUAUACUGCACGCACGCAAACUUUGCAAGAUGACUUUGCUUCUUCUCAUCUUGACGUCUAUUCUACCGCUGCUUUCGUGUCAAUCACAGUCUGUUCGUGGUAAGUGUUACAUACUUAGGAUGUGACGCCUUGCUGUAUACCGUAGAAUUCCGAAAAUAACGGUCCCCCCGAAAAUAACGGCUAGCCGAAAGUACUGAAAGUAACGUUAACUUUUUAUCUUUCUAUAAUUGAAUCCCGAAAGUAAGGGCCCCCCGAAAGUAACGGCCCUUCGAAAAUUACCACUGAGUACUACAAUAAAGUAAAGUGAAACCUCUAGUAAGUGGACCCCCACAAGUAAGCGGACACCCUCUAUUAGCGGACACUAAGCCGGGUCCCGAAAUUAACGUCUUUUAUCUUUAUAACGAACCCCUAUUAAGCGGACACCUCUAUAAAGCGGAAGCGGACACUAAAAUAAAUUAUGUUUGGCUAAUUUCUAUUGUUAAUAACCUCUAUUAAGAGGACACCGGGCUGAAUUGACAAUAGUAGUAUUGGAUUACAUCCUUGAAAUGCGAAAAGUAGUCGAUUAAUAAAGAUAAAUCAAAACAUUUAGCUGUCAAUAAACUACAGAUUAGACCGAUAGUCUUGCCCAAAGUACAGCACAGCGUCCUUAGCUUCCUUAACAACAUUGAACUUUAUCACAGCACGAAGUAACCGUUGAAAGUUAAUCGCUAACAAACAUUGCGCAAUUUUAACAAACCUCUGUUAAGCGGACGGUUGGGAAGGUCCGGAAGGUGUCCGCUUAAUAGAGGUUUCACUGUAUUGUGAUGAAUCUGAUGUAACGUUUAAAGCAGUACCUUCGAUCUACGCAAAAAGAGAUUUUAAAGAGCGUUGAACGUAACAUAUGUCGUAAACGGGACGAGAAAAAAUGUCUCUUUUUUUAUAUUUUUAGUGAAAGUCAACUAUCAGCCUCUGCCAUAGCCUGAUUCUCAAACGCCCGAAGUCGUUUGCGGUCCCUUUCUCCCUCUCCAGAAAAACGAAAGGGACCGCGAACGACUCGGACGUCUGAGAAUCAGGCUACUGCCAUUCAUAAUAACGGACAAUGAUUUAACAAGAACGUGUGAAAAUCUUUGAACCCUAGCUGCUGACUGUAUAUGCGAAAGUGUGUCAACUAAACAACAUGACGUGUCAUUUGUGAUUCGAUCUCAAACUUAUCUGAAGCCUUCUCUAAAUUAUGCAUCAUUUCAAAGCUGUAUUUGUCAAAAGAGUCAAAUGAUAGAGUUAAAUCGCAAUUUACUACACCCAUAACUGACCGUUCGCCCUAUAGUACCAACAUUUGGGGCCUCUUAUAUGUUAAUAUUGUCGCUUUGUUCAUGUGGGUAGUAAUACGCAUAAACGGAAUGACUCGCGUGAGUUAUAAAGGAAGUAUCAGACCCCAGACAUCGUGUCAAGUUAAUUAUUAAUGCGAAACUUAAUAAUUAUGUUAACUUUUUGUUCUCGCAUUUUUAUAGUAAACAAUGAACUCGAUCCGUACCGAAUUUCGUGUUCGCAGCCCUCAUUAAAUUUGUAAAAACACAAUACUUCAAUAGGGCCAUUUAUAUUUUGUCCAAAUAUCACGAUCACGAUCUCCUCAGCUGUAACGGAACACAAAUCACACUAAAAUCAAAACAAGAAUUUCCAGGCUUGAUGAAUUUUACUUUUUUAGUUUAUUUCCCUAUUUUAAGCAGUAAGGAUGAUAAUCGCCAUAAUCGUUUUCGCCACGAAUUAGGUUCGGCACGUGUAAAGUUCCACCGUCUGAAUCAACAGUCGAACUUAAUAGUUUGGGUCGAGCAAAAUAGGUAUUAGGUUCGGCACAUGUAAAGUUCGACGUUUGAACCGGGCCUUUUUACAAAUUAAUAAGACGCGACUUAGCUAAGUCGCGUCUUAUUUUAGACGAAAUGUGGCCGUUUAUACGGAAAGUUCGCGUCUUAUUUAAGACGCGUCUUACGUAAGACGCGUCUUAUUUUUCCUCGUAUAAAUGACCCUAUUUUCGUCUUUCGUGGGAAAUAAUUUGCUUGAAAAGCCUACCGUUCUCUCUUUUAUGCGUGAAUUCGACCGGGAAUUUUUCCGGUUAUUAAAAACUGUGAUGUGUAAGUGUGGAUAUCGCAAAAUAAACCAGGUGAGUGUGAUUUCGUUUUAUUAUUAUUGUAGAAGCGAAUUACGGUUUUCGAUAAAGCAGUUACAGUAAACACCCGCAUAUAAGAACACACUAUUUCGGAGGUCAGGCUGAUUGAGUUCUUAUUUAUCGCUUGCUUAAUGACAAAUUUAAAUUUUUAUUUUAUUAGUAAUACUAUCCAAAACAUGUUGCUAGAGGUAUAUUUAGCAUAUUUUAGGAAAAUAAAGUAAAUAAUUAUUCUGUAAUUUGAUUAUAUUAACAAAUGAACACAAUCAAUAAAAUCAGCCUAGAUGAAUAAAUAUUAAUUUAACAAUCACCGGUUAACAUGAACAAGUAAAUACAUCUAACAUGUUUUGUAAUUAUGACACUUUUUCCAUUUUAUAAGAACAUGUUACAAUUUUCAGGCUAAUCCUGUACUUAUAAAAAUGGGGUUUUAUUGGCCAAAUUUCAGGCUGGUGUUCUUAAUCCAUUUGUUCUUAUAUGCCGUUGUUUUCGUAAUUUUUUACCUGUUAAACCAAAAAACAAAGCCACAGAAAGUGCAGUAAGGUGCACUUCUCAGGGGCACCGAACGUCAAUUUUCGGAAAAUAUCUGUUCGGAAGACGAUUUGAGAUCUAGAAUUUUCGGAACGUUUGUUGUAAAAUUUCUUGCUCGCCUGCCUCUCCUAGGAUUUGCGAACAUCUGAAAAAUAGUAUAAUUGCCCAUUUUUAACGGAUUUUUACCCUAAAAAGGUCACCUAGAAUUCUCGGGAGCCUUUUUUCUGGCUGAAAUUUUCGAAAAGGUAAGUUUUGAUCCCUAUAAUUUUCGGAUCACUAGACUUUCAGCUAGGAAAUCCAAACAGAUGAAAAAUUUUUAGUGGAUGAAAAUAUGCCUAUAUCUACCGUUUAAAUACCAAAAUACGUUUAACUAUGCUUUGUUUAAGUGGUUUUGAACUAUAUUCUCGUUGAGUGCCCCUGACUUCUUUUUUAAGAAGGAAUCCGUAGUUUUACUAACUUUAAUCAUGGUUGCUCACUGAGAGUUGGAAGAAUGCGGCUUUAUUGCAAUUUAUAAUGUUGAGAGCGGCCGACUUCGUAUUCUUAUUGCCUCGAUACAUGAACUGCAGUCUUAAAAAUGGGUAAUUAUAUAUUGAACUUAAUACGUGGCUGUGCAUGCACUGAAAGGUUCUUUAUAUGUUAACUACAACAUUUGAUUGUUUUUACGCAGACUAUAUUUGAUUGUUAGAUCUCUGAAAUUUAUAAUUGGCAAGAGAAGAAUGAAUAAGGUAAUUUGCUUGAAGCAGGGAGCUAUAUUGAAGACGGUAAAAAUGAAGUUAUCAAUUAAAAUUCCUACAGUGAAACCUGAUUUGUUAUGGUCUGCAUACCGGUAGACAAUCAGGGGCACCCAACGUCAAUUUUCGGAUAAUAUCUGUUCGGAAGACGAUUUGAGAUCUAGUAUUUUCGAAACAUUUGUUGUAAACUUUCUUUCUUGCCUGCCUCUCCUAGGAUUUUCGAACAUAUAAAGAAUGGUAUAAUUGCCCAUUUUUAACGGAUUUUUAAGAAUUUUUGGGAACCUUUUUUCUGGCUGAAAUUUUCGAAAAGGUCAGUUUUGAUCCCUAUAAUUUUCAUGAUCACUAGACUUUCAGCUAGGAAAUCCGAGCAGAUGAAUAAUUUUUAGGAGAUAAAAAUAUGCCUAUAUCUAUCGUUUAAAUACUAAAAUACCUUCAUCAAUGCUAUGUUUAAGUGGUUUUGAACUAUAUUUCCGUUGGGUGCCCCUGGACAAUAUCAGUGAGUACAAUGAAACGUUUCUUUUGCCAAUGUUUUUGAAAAAUGAAGCUGUACUUAGAGAACAUCAGCUUGAACAGUCCCGUAUUAAAGUGUCUGCCUAAAACAGAUAUUGCACGUUAAUGUUUCUAUAAAUUUGUGGAGCCGGGUCUGGUACAUGUAGUAAUUAAUAAAUUAUUACGCAUGAAGUUCAAGCUCACUGGAGGUGUACAGUUAUUUUCCAGAGUUUCAAUAGUUGCCUGCUCAGUUUUCUCUUCUUGCAAGCAGAUUUUAUGGCUGCCUCAGUUUUAUAGUCUUCAUAUAUUAUAGGAAAAUUCAUUACCUGACGAGGGAAUUCCACGUUAAAUUGCACGCGAAAACCGAUAUCGCACGAAUCGCGAAGCGAUGAGUGCGAUAUCGGUUUUCAAGUGCAAUUUAACGUGGAAUUCUCGAGUCAGGUAACGAAUUUUCCUUGAAUCGCAUAAUUGAAUAAAAAUCAGAAGAAAAAGAAAGAAAACAGCAAUAAUAUUGUUUGUUUUUAUCCUGAGCGCGCGCUCCAGAAAGCCAUUUCAAAGUCAACUGUCAGAACUGUCAUUGCGUUAGCGAAUAGGAAGCAAGGUCAGUCGUACACGUUUGAACCUUCGACAACUUUUUUUGUACCUUGUGCUUGUUUUUACAUUUGUUUUCAAACUUUUUUACAUGUAAACAAGCUUCACACUAAUCGUAAGGAUAAAUAGAGGUAUUUUACUGAAUUUAGAAGCCGUUUAUGUAGAACGUCUUUUUUCAAAUUGGUCAUUUGCUCGAGAAGGAAAAUAAUUUACACCUUUUACCUCUUCGGCGGCAAAACGGAAAGAAAUCAAGUGUCCAAGCGAAAGCACUGAAAGUUUAACAUGUUUAACGUCGCGAUUGACAUAAGGUAAGUACCUUGAAAUGUUUUAGAAAUGCUGUUCAAGUUCAGCUCUGUUUUGUACUUUUCUAAGUACCACGAUUCAGGCCGAUUGCAGGCGGCGUACUCUUUUUCGUGUUUUCAGGGGCCAUGUCCUCUUUGAAGGUAUUUAUUUCUUCUUCUGUAUAUGGGACAAUCGACCCCGGCACUUCCUCCGUUGUCGCUUCUCCGUUUUGUUUGGUUGAACUUUGGAUUGCCAUUUUCUGGGCCGUGUUCACAGGAUUUUCUUGUUUUUUCGUUGUCGCGAGUGAAAGAGGUUUUAUGUCUCUUCGAGAAUCUGUAGUUCAGUUCAAAACAAGGAAGAAGCUCCGGCUCACUUUAAAAAACGCUUUCGUUUGUUUUUAACUCUUCAAAAAGUGACAAUGAAUGGUUUUGAAAACAUUUUAAAAUGACAUUGUAGAAAACCUUUUUUGCAUGUUGUUGUGUUAGAAUUUGACGAUAGUUGUUACGUAGAUGCGAAACAAUAUCGCUUAGCCUCGUUUUCAACUCGCAAUUCCACACUAAAUACCUCGCUUCGUUAACCAAUCAGAAUGGGAGAUUUUACUUAAUUAUGCGAUUCUAUUGGAAAUCCAUUGUUUACUGCAAAUUCACUCUCCCAUUUGUCUAAUUCUUUCGAAGCAUUCUGAUGAGCUGCCGAUACUUGUGUCUGGACCUGAGCUAAGAUUAAUUUUUGUACUUUCCUUGGUGCCCGGCAUAGUAAAUCGAACUCAAUCGAACUCAAUCGAACUCAAUCCGUGGAUUGAGUUUGAUUGAGUUCGGCAAUCGAACGAAAUCGAACACCACACUUUCAGAGAGUUCGAUUUCGGAACAAAUCGAAUUCAAUCGAACAAAUCGCACUCAAUCGAACUCAAUCCGUCUGAUUGUGUUCGACUGAGUUCGGAAACCGAACUCAAUCGAACACAAUUAAAUGGAUUUCGUUCGAUUGGCUCUGGUGAACCUAUACAAAGCAAGCCCAAAGCAAGCCCGUCAAAGCAAGUUUUUCGUGCGCUUUUUUUACUAUUUAUUCAAUUACACAAACCCCAUUUAUAAACUGUCCACGGCAGUUAAGAGAACAGAACAAAACAAAGCUAUCAUUAUUCCCGCGGGCGUAUUUCGAAAUUGUCGUACCCUUUCCUUUUUUUAGCUAACUUACAAUAGCGGCAAGAAAACUCGAAGGAUUACUUUUAUGCAAAAAUACAAGCAAAUUACUAACUGCGACGCAGGUUACGGCAUAAAGUAGAUGGAUGAUUAUGAAAAAUAUCUUACUAACGAUAUACAUGAUUCUCUCAAAUUCAUCUUGGACAAUUAACAGUGAACAAGAGAGUAAGAGGUGACUAUACAUUUGAAGCUUACGAUCCACAACGCAUCUCAAGCCACUUCUGCGGAAUUUCAUCGUUUACGAAAAACACGUGCGCUACACUCAGGGCUGAAGUAACUCGAGCUUCUAAGAUUCAACGUCUGUUUUACAUAAAUCACGAGUUCGAAAAUCGAACGUUCGAUUGGGUUCGAUUGAUUUUUUUUCUUUUCGGUGAGUUCGAUUUCGUUCGAUUGCCGAACUCAAUCGAAGUCAAUCCACCGAUUGAGUUCGAUUGAGUUCGAUUGAUAUUUAGUUCGAUUGGGUUCGAUUUACUAUGCCGGGCUUGGUGGUAACUGCUUUUCUGCUUUUCGUGGAGCAAUUUUCUGGCCUUAUCCAAGGUCUUUACUUCAAGAGUCAAACCUUAAUUAAAUACGUACAGUGAAACCUGUAUUAAGCGGACACCGUAUUAAGCGGACAGCCUCUAUUAAGCGGACAGUAGUCGAAGUCCCAAAAUUUAUUUCUCUUAUUUACUUUAAAUUAAACCUUCAUUUAGCGGACACCUCUAUUAAGCGGACACGGACACCUAAAAAGUACCUGAAAUGAUAAUUAGCAACCUGUAUUAAACGGACACUUGUAAUCAAAUUCCACCACCCACAUGCCAGACACCGGAAAUGCGAAAGAUUGUCUCGAAUUGCCAACCACAACUUUUUUUAUUUUUACAUUAAAAAACGUGACUUGACGAACUUAUUUGAUUAGCUUCACAGUACAGUAUUGUUUUCUAUUUCGUUUUGUUUGUAUAGAACUUGUUCCACUCAUAUGAUUUCUUCAAAUUUGAGUUGCAAUCUAUGUUUAUGGUACUAUGAUCAAUUGGUCCACUUUCAAAAGAAAAGAAUGCAAACGUAUUGCUGGUUUUUUGUCACGCCAUUCAAAAUAGAUCAAAAUCAAAAUCAAAACCGUUCAAUAGAUAAAGUGCAAAAUCUGGGAAAUGAAAGGAGGUAUAUAUACAAAGCCCCUCGCCAAGAUUCAGGUCAGAGGAAUAUUUCGCAUACGAAAUAUCCCAAGAAAUGUUUUACCCAAACUUAUAGAGAUUUGUAUAGAGAAGCCAUGUUGGUGGUCACCUGGAUGAGCUCCAACAUGGCGGACGGAAACCAACAGAAACAUCUGUUACUGAGUUUUGCUACAAAAGCGUGAAUUUGUUCUUCGAAAAACUCAUAAACAUUAAUUUAAAAAACGUAAUACUUUUUCUAAUAAAUGAACUGUGUAGAUAGCAAAAUUUCCUGAAGUAAGUCAUUUUUUUUAUAUGAUAGCUCUCUUGGCCGUUCAUGUAAAUGCUAAGUCACACAAAAGCUUAGAAAUUCAAGCGUACUCUAUCACAAAACCAAGAACCCUGUUGAAGCGAAAAUUUGUAUGAAAAUUAGUUUUCAGCUGCUCUAAUACAUCGUGAAAGUAAAAUCUCGGUAGGAUCGAUGGUUUUUUAGUUUGAAUUUUAGUGACGUCAUGUGAAAACCAACAAUAUCGUCAAAGUCUCUGGGAGUAUUCUUAAUAUUACCACUGUUCAUUUGAAUGGCAUUUGACACCUCAUAAGACGUUUUCUAUCGAAACCUGUAUUAGGCGGACACCCUGUAUUAAGCGGACACUUCAGCAUUCCCCGAGGGUGACCGCUUAAUACAGGUUUCACUGUAUUUUGGCGCCGUUUUGGUCCUCUUGUUUUGGCGGAUGUUUGCGACAAUUUAAUUAUCCCUAACAGGGAUAAUUAAAUUGUCGUAAACAUCCACCAAAACAAAAGGACAAAAAUGGAGCCAAAAUAUUGUAGUAAGCAACGGUCAAGUCACGUGACUUACUCUGAAUAUUAAGCUUGCGAAACUGUUCCGGUCUAUGUAAAAGAAAAGUCUCAAAAAAGCAGUUGAAAAAUUUUAGAAUCUUUUUGCCUAUAUUUGACCAUUUUUCACAUGGCCCCAUUCCUUAAUUCACGUGAGGACCUUUAUAUUCAUGUUACGUUUCUGAAAAGACUGUAACUUACUAACGUUUUUUAACCAUUCGAAAGUAACGACUACCCGCUGAAAGUAACCGCUACCUUAAAGUAGCGGCCCCCUUUGCCUGCUAGAUUCGAAAGUAACGGGGGCCGUUACUUUCGGAAUUCUAUGGUAAUACAGCUGUGGAGGUAUUUUUUCUAAAUCUCUGUUAAUGACGAUUUAGUCCAUGCCCAAACAGAGGAGGUACUGACCUUGAAAAACCCUAUGGAGCCACCUUAAUUAAGUAAAGACCAUCUGAUUUUUAAAGAAAAAAUCUUAUUUCUCCUGUUCAUUUCAGUCAAUGAUCGAAUCAUUGCACGUUGGACAAAUAACCUUUAUUAUCCUGGCAAGGUUUCGGCAACCGGAAACGGACUGAUACAUGUUUUGUUCGAUGAUGGAGACCGGAUCACUCACACCGUCCGAGAUAUUUCAGCAGUAAUUCCUGAUCAGCAACCCAGUCAAGUGAAAUUAGGGCAACACGUGGUUGCCACGUGGAAAGGGGGUCAUAAAUACUACAUAGGAUAUGUGUCUCAAAUAGUCUUUGGCUUCUGGCGAUACAAGGUUACCUUUGAUGACAACGAUGAAGAUUACUACCAAGCACAUCAGCUGAGGAAAUUUCCGGAUCCUCAGACAGCUCAUGAGGGUAAGGGGAGAGGCAAGGUUUAAGAAUACUGUUGGGUUAAAAAUGAGCUGAAUUUUCUCUCAGUUUUCCCUUCAACUGAGCAGCACAGAAAAUGAAUCAAAACAGUGAAGGAAAAGCAGUUUGAUUUGAUUUUUGACCUUUUUUUUUCACCAAUUCCUCUUCUUUGGACUGAUUUUCGGCUAAUUAGCAUAAGAAUGGCUAAAAAAAUUUUGCAAGAAAAAAAAGGCAUACCGUAAAAUUCCGAAAAUAAGCCCCUUCAUGUAAAAGCCCCUCCAAAUGUAAGCCCCUCAAAAUCGUAACGCAAAAAACCCUCCGUUAAAUCGCCCCUCCGAAUAUAAGCCCCCCGGGGGGCUUGUACAUGGAAUUUGCUCUCGCAUACAAAGUAAAACAAAGCAAAAAUGGAAAAUGUCCUUCCCACUACAAGCUAGCCCAAUCGAUUUUGAAACGCAAAUUUGGCUCCGUACAUAAACCCCUCCGAAUAUAAGCCUUUAUAAUCUUUCUCACUCGCUCUCUUUUCUUCCUUUUUUUCCUUCUUUAUUGGUGGUUUUGUUGCCCACUUUAUCGUCUUUCCUUUGCAUGGAAUUGUGGCUGGCUAACUUUUUAGGAAAGGGACAAAUUUAAUUUUCAAAGAGUAGUAUGUAAGGAGCGAAAUUGGCCGUGGAUUUUUCCUCAAAAUGUUACCUUUUUUGUUCGUGUACAACUCUGUCAGGAUUGGUCAGAAUAUCCAUGGAAAGAUAUAUCUCUGCUGACGUUGUUGCUCACCAAAUUAUUAACUUAAACUGAAAGCUUAAUUGGUCCAGGGAGGAAUGUAUUAACAUCGUUCCAUAUGGGUCGUUUUCAGGACCCUAGCCGUCCGAAAAGGGUUAAAGGAGCUGUGUCAUGAAAUUUAUUCAAACAGUGGAAACCGUCACCAGAUGGAGUCAAACAUUUAAAUAAACUGUUUAAAACAUAAAAAAAGGUAUAAAUAUCAAAGCAAAUACAAAAGAAGGAACGGAUGGACAAACUUGAAGAAGACGUGAAACGGACUGCAAUUCUGGUUUUUCAGAAAACUUUGAACGUUUGAACGUAUUGUCUCAAGUUCCAUGACAAAAAAGAGGCGUUGUUGGCAUUAUUAUAAACAAAUGAACUAGACAGCCGUGUCACAGGCCCUUUCACAACUGGACUGACGACUGGAGUAAUGAAUAAGAAGGUCGUACCGGGGUAUUUUCGAGAUAUGUGAUUACCUGUUUUUAUUUUUCGUGAAUCGUGAAUUCCACAAAUUAUUCUUCGUAUUCCGUGACCAAAUGGUUGUCCGUGCUCCGAGAUAAACUCGAAUUAAUAAGCGAUAUUCGUUAUUUUAUUACUUAAUAUUUUCAGUUUUGAGACCUCCGAAAAAUAAAUAUAUACUAUGAAAGCAUCAAAUGAAGAAUGAUGAAUUUUUGUUAAGUUCCAGUCUUGCUUUUUUUUUUUUUUUUCGCCACUUUCAAACUGUUUUUCAGACGCUCCUUUACCACUUAUUUUUUUGCGUAAGAACAAGAUAAAAGCAGUACCAUUUUGCAUGCAUAGCGAGGUCAAUAUUUGCCUUUUGGUUUAUUUAAGUUGCCAGCCGACUCAAUAAACAGCUGUGCUUCUCAUCAUGGCUCUAAUUCGAUUGCUCUGAUACUUUCAGUCGGCGCCAGGGUGUUUGCACGGUGGACAAAUGGUCUUUACUAUCGUGGAUUUGUUGCACGGGCAAGCUCUUCAACUGUCUUUAUUAGAUACGAUGAUGGAGAUACCAUCACCCUUUACAAGAAAGACCGCACGGCAGUAAUCCUUGAUAAACUUCCAUGUUACUCUCAGAUCAAGCUUGGGCAGCGCGUCAUUGGUUUUUGGCCGGGAAGGACACGAUACUACCCUGGAGUGGUGACCUACAAAAAACCAACAGGCCGCGCUGCUUGCUAUCAGAAAGCUGUAUACUACGUGGUUUUUGAUGAUGGAGAUCGGCGAAUGCAGGAUUUUAACCAGAUUCGCGUCAUUCCAUGAAUUACUACGGAAACACAUACCAAUGAACGGGUGUAAUGUUAUAAUGUUAGUCUUUUAAAAGUAAAACCGCGACAUCAGUGUAUUCAUGAAAAUAUUAGAAAUAAUACUGUAGUUUUGUUAUGUACCUAAUCAUUAGAUAAUAAGCGUGUUUGGCUGGUAAUCAUGGUUUUUGUAUUUGCUGUAAUGAAACAUCAGUUCAAGUAGGUUUUUCAUGAUUUGACGUAAUGAGGCCAUGCCACGGGUACCCCAAACUCCCGAGUAAGAAUCGCUGUUGCUUCACAGAAAUAUUAUAAAAAUAAGUAAGGGUUUGUACGGGGAUAUUAGCCAUCGUUAUUUAGGGGUCAAAAAUAGCAUUAAAACUUCUUACCGUUA